GCUUUAUUUGCUUCGGUACGGAUGGAGGUUGUCAUUAUAUGAAGUGUGUCGAUUACAUGUUACGUUUAAAGUAGUUUAAUGAAAAGAAAAAACAUUUUAUUUUUAUAGAAUUUAAUUUAUUAACCUCAAUUUAAUUCACCUGUAUAUCAAAUUCGAAUAAACCAAUUCCCCUUUGUUUUUUUACUGUCAGUUGCUAGGAAAUUUAGCUCUGCUUCAUGUUACUACAACCUUGAAACAAUAGAAGAACAAAUAUUUUGAACCACUUAAAGAGUUCUUGGUAUCAUUAUAAGCAUGCGAAAUAUCACAUAGAGCAGGCGAAGUAAUUUGCCAACAUGGAGGUUAGUCGGCAUGAAAACCACAGUUUGUUCGUAACUAGACUUUAAAAAAUAAAAGUUUUAACCAUUUUCUUUACAUACUUUUUAUCUUAUAUUGUAUAAACGAUAUAUUUAAAACAGCUGGUACACUACUUGUGUUUAGCAAGAUCACGUGUUACAUUUACGUGAAGUUUGUUCAAGAAACAGCAUGGCUUAAUCAAACCCACCCCUAUGUUACAAAACCGUUUACUUAGAAUAUUUUUGUUUACAACAAGAAACACUGUUUUAGCAACCACACUCUAUGCGUGUAAUCAACGUGAAACUAACGUGUUUAUGAAAAAAUAAAUCUAUUUUAGUUGUAUAUAUUUGCUCAUGAAAUAUAUAAGAAGUUUAAAUUAAUUAUUUCUUUCUUGCGUCAUAACUGAGACGACGGUACAAAGGGGAGUGACACGAACCUACACAGAGAAAACUAAUGUAAACAAACGUUCAGGUGUGUUAAAAAGGAAGUAGUAGACUUUUUCUAAGACAAUUAAGAGAUGCUCUUUUUCUUGCUCCUGUGAAAUAUGAUUGACGUUAAAUAAAAUAUUUAAACUGACUUGACCUAUUCAAGAUGAAAAUUGAGCAACUUCGAUUUAAAAAAUACUUUGUUUUACCCUUUUAAUACGUGUGACACGAAGGGUGUGUCAUCUUCGUUAUCAUUUUGAAAAGGUUGCAUUUCGUCCAAACUGAACAAUCCCGUCUGCAUUGAACAAUCAAAAAUAUUUUUUUAAAGUGGUUUGAAUUUUUAUUUUCGUUUACAAAAUGUGAUGUUUAAAGAGAAGAAAAUAUUUUCAAGGGAGAAAUAUCUGCUAAUGUUUUUAUAGAAAAGACACGCACUCUGAAAAUUGCCUUUCCUUCAAUGUUUUUGCCAAUUUUAUUUUACCAAGUUAAAUAGGGGCGAUUAUGCAGUCUCAGCGUCAAGAUAUUGCGGAUACGCCUGUUCAGCCUUUCCUUAAUAAAAAUCCUCCAAAGUUUGUUAAUUACUAGCUAGCUAGCUGCUUGGUGCCUAUUAAGAAACAUUCGAGGUGAUCAGAGAAUUUCAACUUAGCUAUUAUGCAAAAUCUAAUUUAAAACUUUUAUAAUCACGGUUGUUAAAUGAGUUAAUCUGAAAAAGGUCCUCUCGUGCCCCAACGUGGAUUAUUUCGUAGUGAGGGAGUGCUAAAAAUUGCGACUAUCACAUUUUAUACGCUGUCUGCUUGACUUACGUGUGUGCAAAUGUAGCGACUUGCAGCCUGCCGGCUGCGGAGCAUAUACAGUGUAAAAUUAUAUGUUUGAAGAAUGACAAAAACUGCUUUUGUGUGAAUAUUUUUGUCUAGGUUUGUGGUCUAUCAUAUAAAUCGAGCAUUUUCAGUCAUGGUUCAUAAAGUUGUGAAUAAAGGAAGGAAAUUUUAUUGGAAAAUGAGCUUCAAAAACCUCAAAAUCCUACAAAAAUUAGAAAAAAGGAAAUCCCCAGCGUCGGCGUGUUAGGCUCCAAUAUUUAAAGAUGUUAAUAUUUACAUUUUACAUUACAAAGAUAAUGUUGAUGUUGAAAUUGAACAUGAAAAAAUAAGUGAGAUUCUAAUUUUUGAAAAAGCCAGCCACCAAGCAGUUGUAGUAAUAAAAGAAACAAACGCAAUUUCUCUUCGAGUGGAUCCAUAUUGGUGUGCAGUAACAAUUUCCGGAAAAAGUAACAGAAAAUGAAUCCAGUAGAUAGUCAAGCGUAUCUCACAAAAGAUAGAAACACAUUUUGGAAAGCAAUUAUGUCGGUUGGAGGAUAAUUUUGAGUUGAACUUUAGUGAUGAUGAUGAAUAUGAAGGCGAUAACAUUUCGGAAGAUAUCGUAGCUGAAAUACAACAUGAUGAAGAUGAUAAAGAAGAUAACGUUGAACAAAAUAAUGAAAUAAAUAUAAUUGAUCAAAAUGAUUAAAAUUCGUGCGUUUUUUCUUGAUUAUUCCGGUUUUCAUUUUUGUGGCGUCAAAUGUGGCCCUUAAUGGCUGUAAGUCAAAAUUUUGGCUUGUAAGGGCCGUUAAAUUAGGGUCGCGUACAAGGUAUUUUGUAAAGAUUAGCCAAUAAAAGUGCGAGCAAAAGUCAACCAUAUAAUAACAAGUUUUUUUUUACUAAAGGUAAAGUAAUGUUUCACGAGGCGCGGUCCAGUGGAAUAGAUAUUCAAGGAAGAGCGUUCGUUUACUAGUCGUUUACUGGUCGCUGUUGGUAUCCUUUCGAAAUAAUUUUCUGUGCUAACAUAAUGAAAAUGCAUUUGUAGAUGUCCGCAAAUUCCCGCGAUAACCUUUUUAGAAUACUUUUAACCAAUCAGGUAUAGUAAUUAACUUUAAAACAAAAGCGAUUUGAAUGAUUAAAUUCAACAUGAAAUUGACAACAAAUAAAACAAAUAAAACAAAAUAAAAAGUUAUAUCAACGUAAAGUUUUAUUUCAUUAAACAAUACUCUAUCAGUGAAAAAUUGGCUAGGAUUUUAGUCACUUUGGCAAGAUAUAUCACUUUUCACCGACUAAAUUUUAUAAACCAACUAACUUUUUGUUAAGUUUAUAUUGCAUAAAAUACAUGCAAAAGGAUUUUCUCUUUUAUGCGAGAAUGUCAACUAAAAAUUGGUCAGAAGAUAAAGUUGGUAGAAGUGACUGAUCGGUAAGAAAAGAUCGGUAGGAGUGACUGAUCCGUAAAAAAAAAGCCGGCAGAAAUGAUUGAUAUUUUAUACAGUUAGAGCUUCAUUCCUUCAUUCAACGUUACUUUUGAUUUUGCUCUUGGCCUCUUUUUGUAAAAAGACGAUUUGAAGAAGGAAGUAACGGUAAAGUAAAGUUUUAAGUUUUUAAACUAAACUUUAAUUUUAUUUUGUCGCGUUGUACUCCUCUAUUGUUAAUCUGUCGUCAACUUAAGAAGCUUUGUUACAACUGAAUUAAAAACACCUUAUUCCUUUACAGACCUAAAUUUAUAUUGUCUAUACAUGCUGUUAGAAAUAAAAUAAUAAUACUUCCACUCCCAUUAUGUUUAAAAUACAUUUUUGUCUACUGUACCAAUUUCUACAAAUUUAAAAACAUUGGUUGCUUUUUAAAAAAGACCACGGUUAGAGCUGUAACACUUUCGUUAUGAUUUUAAAAAUGGUAGCGUCAAUCCAAAUAGUUUCUUUGAAAUAGAAAAGUGCCCAUUCACAUUAAAACCGCUCAAAUCAGUAUAAUUAUACUCAAUUUGUCUGAAAACCAAUACAGGUGUAGAGUAACUAUGUUUACUUCUAAUUUCAGAAUUAUGCGCAAUGCUGGUUUUGUUCAUGAAUAUUGUUUACACCAUGUUUACUCGUCUGUUCAACUGUGAAGUUAGUGUCAGAUAUGGCAAUUCAACUGUGGAAUUCUGACAUAUUUUUAAGACAGAAGAAGAGAAAGAAAAGUAAAAAACAAACAUAUUUUAUAAAUAACUUGAUAAACACAAGAAGGGGUAGAAAGAAAAGAAAUUUCGAAUAGUGCCAAAAUGAGAGCUUUGCAAUGGCUGCUGGGAAUAUUGCAGAUCCUUGUUUUGUCGCAUCAGACAAAUGCAAUUUACUUUUUUGAUGACGAGACAAGAAGAAGUGACAUUGUUGAUCAUGUUGACUUCUUUAAAUCUGUCGAAGAAGAUUUGAAAGCUACUUCUCGUUCCAACAUAAUGUCAAUGAGUUCAGGAAAGCUGUCGUUCGGAAGUUUCUGCUCCAUGAAUGUGGAAGUAGCAGGUAGCAAAGUGACAGCUACUGCAGAUAAAAGUGGAGGGUGCAGUCCACCAUCAAUUAAAAUGGUCUUGGAUUCGCAAUUCGCUGGAAACAAUUUAAAAGCUACUCUAAAAGUUAUAGAUGGAGAAUUUUUUGAGGUUGAAUCAAUUGAAGUUGAUAAAAGUGCAAACUCUAUCACUUUGAAGACGAAUGCGCGUGCGCAACACCUACCUAUUCUCUUUUUUCUCUACUUGAAUAUGGGCGGGUUUGAUUCACCACCUACUGCUAUGGACAUCACCUGGCCUUCAACUGAAACGAUGACGUUGACAAAUCUUGACAUCAAGAUAACAGGUGCUGCUGCUUUGGGAUCGUGGAAGGCAGAAACUGAAAUUGUGAAACCAAGCGGCAAGACGUUGUUUGAAAUUGUUAAACUAGAUACCAAGUCAGCCCAAAUUCAAGUGUUCGAACUUGCCAAGAAAUUCGCAGUGUAUCCACCAGGAUUGGCUCGCGAAGAGGAUAACUUCAAGUACGGUAGUGUUGGUAGCCUGACAUGGCGAGAUAUGAUAGGCUAUGGUGCGUUUAAUAUCAAUGAUGAGUUUCAACUGAUAUUUGAGCAUCAGACAAAAGAAGGGCAUACACAGCCCUUCGGAUUUGCUGGAAUUUGGAUGAAACUCAUAAUUAGCAGGUUCAACAACGCCAAAAAUGAACCUCAGCCAAUAUUUGGUACAUUUAUGGUAAAAAUGCCAUCCAAUAAAAACAUGCUGGAAGUUGUUACGCCUCUUCUUACAUUCCCCAAUUUACGAGCGCUACCCAUGCUUCGAAGAUUUGCUGACAGAGAUUGGUGCAUAAUGAUAUCGGCAAAAGGCGGCAAAUUCAUGGAUACAGCUAAGAUUAAAACAGCCAUGAAAUUCUGUUUCCCAGAAGGAAACAAGCAAGAAAUCAAACCUGGUUUCAAUCUGAAAAUUCAGGUGAAAUUAGCAGAAACAUUGCGAGAUGACUGUCAAGCCACUGAAGAACAAAUUGCUGCCCUACCAAAGAUUGCUGCCCUUGAUGCUGCCAUGACCCAACAAGCUGUUAAAUUUAGCUUUCCUGCUGAAUACAGUACCCCACUAAAAGCUACAAUUAAAUGCAUGGGAGCUGAAGCGUUGUCUGAUAUUCCAUUCAACCUAUUUAACGAGGACGGAAAAGAACCACUUUUACAAAUUCAGGAAUUUUCAUUCACACCAAGGAAUGAAAAGAUCGAAGGAUCAAGGAUGUACUUCAGGGUGACAUUUGUCUUAACUCUACCCAAGAAAUACAGAACUAUCCCAAAUACAAACGUUGGAUUUGGCCCAUUUAAAAUGCACGUCCAAACGAACAAAGCUAAGCCGGGUUGGGAUAUCAUUGCACUGACGACUGUCACCUUAUCCAGCGGAGUUUCAGCACAUGUCCAGCUUGGAAAAAUGCUAGGUGCUCCUGAUUGGAAAUUUGUUUUACAAGUACCUUCGUUGACCUUCCAACAAAUCAAGGAGAUAUUUACUGAUAAUUUGAAAACGAAAUCCACUGGAGUAACUGCUUUGGAUGGAUGGGGUAUUAAAAAUUUCGCGCUUGAAUAUACCUUUGGAAAAUCUACUAUUUUAAAAAUACGCGGAAAUCCACUUUUAUUUGGAUAUGAUGGUGCUCAUCUGGAAGGAAUGUACUGGAAACCGGCUACACCCGGCCCUGUUUACGUGGACAAUCCAAACACAGGAGAAAAACAAUUAGCAGAUCAACCAAAAAAUGCAUUUGCUUUUGCAGUGUGGUUUAAAAAGAUAAAUCUGGAUUGGAUCUUAGAAAAAAUCAUGGGGACGAAUAAACCGUCAGUGAAGUGGUUUUCAAAUAUGAAUGCAGUAAUUGCAAUCAGUAACGCAGUUGGUGUGGUCAAAGGAAAAGAUGCAUACAAGAAAGUAGAAAAAGAACCAACUGAGUCUGAAGCCAGAAUGGAAAUUCCAGAAAUGAACGAGGAGGUAAAUGGCCUUCGAUACAGAAGAAACGCUGCAACUAAUUCUUUCAGCAUAAAGAACAAAAUAAGACAAUAUCUUCAAAAAGGUCAUUAUGGCACUCGCCGAAACACAUCUCCAGCCUUCCAAUCAGCAAAGAGAGAAACUGAAAAAGUUAAAGUACCAGCUGAGCCCGAGAUUGUAUUCACCAUACCUGGUCUAGCAGCUACUGCAAUUCGUCCAGGUUUAUCCUUCCUGCUAACUUACAAGCUUCCAAUGCUGACUAGAGAUUGUUUUGAAAGCGCCAUGUGCAAAUGGAUGGUUAAGAACUUGGGACAGGGUUUUCACAUUCAAUUGCUUGGUUACAUUGGCAAAAAAGGAGUUGAGAUCACAGCCAAGAUUGGUUUUGACAUUGAGUUGAUUGCUCCGAAAAAAUUGAUGUUAACAAACGUGAUAUUCCGAUUAAGAAUCGGGUUAAACGAUCCUGGUAUCCGCGUUGAAGCAAGAAUGGCGUAUAACAAUGCUGAUUUGACCGACGACACAUUGACAUUUAUGGGUGCAAUUGAGAUUGGCUUCACAGGAAAACUUGUUUUAGAAUUUGCUAUGGGCGGUAUGAUAAAACGCCCUUGGGACAACGAUUACAUAGCUUUUGGGAAUAUUUUUCUAUCGGCUGGAUAUUCAUUUGGAGCAGUGCCACUUCCAAGUUUUCAAUUCGCAGUGGAAGUAUGGCUUGGCAAACUUAUUGCUAACGAUCCUAAUAACAACAAACAUGUGAUCAAAUUCAAAGGAGCGUUUGGUAUUGAUCCAAACAAGCCGCAAGACUUCUGGGUAUAUGCUAAAUUCAAUAAAUUGUCUAUCAAGGGAGUGUGUGAAGCAUAUCAAUUGAAAUGCGAUUCCAUCCCCGCAUCCGUCGCCGAAUCAGGUUUCCCGGAAGGUUUGACCCUCUCAUACGCAAAAGCAGCUAAAAGCAUACCUACCAUUGGUUUGUUCGUCCCUGCCGGCUUCUUUAUCAGUGGUAAGAUAAAAAUAUUUGAUAUUGAAGCAUGGGGCAAGAUAAUCGUCCAACCUGAAACUAGCACAUUUGAAGUUGAUAUCAAAAUGGCACCAAUCAAUUGGGUCAAUGGUCUCAUCAAAGUGCAGCGAAAUGAUGAGAACAGCAAAGAAGGACCAAUUUGCUUUAUAAGAGCAAGCAAGACAUAUUUCCGGGUAAAUAUCGAAGGUUACGCAGAAGUUCUUGGCAUAAAUGGUCUCGUCAAGAUUGAGGUUUCUGAAACUAAAUUUGAAUUCAGAGUUAAGGGUACCAUGUGGCCGGGAAUCUUUGAUGCUGGUGUUCAUCUCAUUGCAACCUAUGGUAACCUGAACACCAUGUCAUUUGCAAUAACAGUUGACGUGGAAACAAGCAAGUUUAUGGUUAAACUAAAACAAGCCAUUAUUGAUUUCUGCGAUUCAGCAGGAAAAGCGGCCAAAGCUGCGUUUGAAAGAGCUGAUGCUGCCUUUGCUAAGGCGAAUAAUGAUGUUUUAGAAGCUGAUAAGAAAGUAAAGAAAUGGAGAAAUGAUAUCUCUGCAUGGCAAGAAAGAUUAAGAGCCAGGAACAGAGAAUUGGAAAAAAAAAAGAAAGCAAUGAAUACAAGUUGCAAAUCUAAAUGUCCAAAAGUAUGUUUUGGAUUUUUGGAAUGGAACUCAAGAUGCUGGAAAAUUUGGGGUCAUUGGUGUGGUUGUCCAAGAUGGAAUAGCUGUUACAGCAAAAUUGACGAUAUUAUAUGUUUGGCUGGUUGUGAAUUGUCAAAAUUAGCUAAGAAAUUUAUGAUUUGGGUUGAACAAGUUGGAAUAAAGAUUCAAUUGGCAUUAGGAGACGUAGCAAAAGGCCUUGCAGAUAUGGCAUCUGGCAUUUUAUCUGCUGCGCGAUCUGUUCUCAGUUUUGCACAAGAUGUGAAAAACUUCGUUGGCACAGCUGUACAAGGUGCCUUGAAGGGAUUGAAAUGGCUGGUCGAAAAAGCAGCCAACAUCUUCUGGUUAAACAAAUUGCAGCUCAAAGCCAGUUUGGAUCAAGAUUUUAACGCUUGUGUGGGAUAUGACAUUGAUUGUAAACUGUUUGGUUUUGUUGUCAAGAGCAAAGGAGAAGCAUGUUUAAGUGGAAAGUUCCUGAAAUCAUUGGUUAACGGUGUAACUGAUAGUAAAGACUCGCCUUCAGAGUUAAAAGGAAUUUCUAAAACGUCGCAAAAAUUGGAGGAAGCAGAAGGCAAAUUUGAUUCCAUUAAAGACGCAGAAACUAAACUGGAAAAAGACAAGAAGGACGCAGAUAGCAAGAUUAGCAAAGAAGUUGCUAAGAACUACGACGAAGAAAUGAGCAGGAGAUCAUCGAUUCCCAGACCUGAAAUGCUUGCAUUGUUAGAAAAACUACCAAAGCGUACCACUGUCCCAACAGAAGAGGAGAUGAAAUACAUUCAAGCUGCCAACGAACCUCUACCGGAAUACAUUAAAAGUGAAGAAACAGUAUCAGCUUUUAAUUCAGCACCAUGGUUUACUCAUAAAGAUAUAUCACCAGCUGGAUUGGACUCCUUACCAAUAAAAGAUAAAACUGAAACAGGAUCAAAGAGAGAACUUGAUUUCGAAUCUGCAAUGAGUCCAUGCGAACGUAUGAGAAGAGCUUUGAAGAGUUAUUCAGAUCUUGCAGACGGAUUACUAUCAUCUUCGCAAUCACUGGCUGAACAAAGUGAUAACUACAAAAAGGACAAGAUCCAUGAUCAGAACAGAAUUUUGAAGUUGCAGGAAGACAUCAACCAUUUAGAAUCACAUCACAACUUGACUGACCAAGACAGGAAAGAUGCAUAUUUCUGGUACAAUAAGGUCAACAAAGGCUUCGAAGAUUUUACCUCACGUUCUGAAAUUGCUUUGGCCAAACAAGAAUCAUAUGCCAUUCCAAUAAUCAGGAGGCAACUCAAUCAUAUGUUAAUGAAAGAGAAAGGCAGCACGUUCAACGACUUUACUGAUUUGAUGCAUUACAAUGCAAUGAAAGGCUACAAACGAUCAUCUAUUCCAACUCCACGGGAUGUAAACGUUGAGAAGAAACUUAUUGCGAUCAAACGAGAUCUGGUAUCUAUUGUUACUAGCGAUGAGCAGUCACUUGGCGAUAUGAAUGAAAAAUUGCACGACGUUCGUGGAAACAUCCGUUCCGUGAUUUCAUACACCAAUCACUGCCGAAGUGCAUAAACGUCAAAGCUUUUUUUACAAAUUGCAACGGCGUAUAUUUGAUAUUUAUCAGGUCUUCAUCAUAAUCCUUUACAAUCGUGUAACGCGGAAAAUGGUUAAUGAUUUUGAUGAAGAUUUGAAUUAUUAAAACCUAUAAUGCUUGUGAAUUCUGAAUCGUCUACAAAAUACUUUGUUUUAUUUACAGAUUUGUUUCGCCAUCCCAUCGCGGUAAUUUUAAA